UCCAGAAUCCCCGUCCACCACACCACCGCACCCAACGCUACUGGGAUUCCUCACCGGCGCCGGCGCCGGCGGCUGCUCCGCCGUCGCGGCGCCAUGCUCCGCCUCCGGAGUUGCGUCCUCAGCCACCUCCUGUCCUCUCCCACCACAUCCCCAAUCCUCUCUCUCCACCGCCUCCUCUCCGCCUCCGCCGCCGCCGCGCCCGCCGUCUCCCUGAACCCUAGCAGCUUCGCCGUGGAGGAGUACCUCGUCGCCACCUGCGGCCUCACCCGUGCCCAGGCACUCAAGGCCUCCGCCAAGCUCUCCCACCUCAAGUCCCCCGCCAACCCCGACGCCGUCCUCGCCUUCCUCGCCGGCCUCGGCCUCUCCGGCGCUGAUGUGGCGGCCCUCGUCGCCAAGGACCCGCGGUUCCUCUGCGCCGGCGUGGAGAGAACGCUGGCCCCCGUCGUCGCCGGGCUCACCGGCCUCGGCCUAUCCCCUUGUGAUAUCUCGCGCCUCGUCUCGCUCGCCCCCAACGAAUUCCGCCACAGAUCCGUCGUCUCCAAGCUAGACUACUUGCUGCCGCUCUUUGGCUCCUUCGGAAACUUGCUCCGGCCGCUCAAACAUGGCACCUCCAUCAUCGGCUCUGACCUCGAGAGGGUGGUCAAGCCCAAUGUCAAGCUCGUAGCAGAGUGCGGGCUAGGUGCUUGCGAUAUUGCCAAGCUCUUCAUCCGUGAUCCGUGGAUGCUUAGCGCCAAACCAGGGCGUCUCCUGGCGAUGGUCGCGUGCGCCGAAGGUAUAGGUGUGCCCCGUGGCUCUGGAAUGUUCCGGCAAGCGCUGCACGCCGUCGCAUGCCUCAGCAGCGCGGAGAAGAUUGCCGCCAAAGUGGAACAGCUGAAGAAGGCAUUGAGGUGGUCGGAUGCCGAUGUCGGCAUUGCUGUGUGCAAGUGGCCGACCGUGCUGUGGUGGUCAACGGACGUGCUGCAGCACAAGUCUGAGUUCCUCAUCUCUAAGGUGGGGUUGGAACCAGCGCACAUUGCUCACCGGCCCGUAAUGCUCGGUCUUAGCCUCGAGGGCCGGCUCAAGCCCCGGUACUAUGUUAUGAGGUUUCUUCAGGAAAAUGGAUUGCUAAAUCACGGCAGGGACUACUAUAAUAUGGUGGUGGCUAGCGACAAGGUAUUUGUGAACAAGUUCAUAUGCCCUCACAAGCAAGCUGCACCACACCUUGCUCAAGACUAUGCAGCUGCUUGCAAAGGGGAAGUGCCGACUAGAUUCAGAUUUACAUGAACCAAGAAUGUGCUAUGAACUUCGGUAAACUAUGUAAGGUGCAACAAAGUUUUCAUUGUGUGGAAAGCUUGUAAUUCCUAUUUCGGCGUAUACUUUGUCCAACUGGAUGCUGGUAUGGCCUUUGCCAACGCUUGAUGAAACUGAUCGUUUGAA